CCCCACACUUUAAGGAUAUAAGAGCCUUGCUUGGACAGCAGCCUUCAGCCUGACCCUUCCUCUGAAGCCUAAACCAACGGUUUAGCUUCACAAAAAUGGACCUGAGGGUAGCAAGCUUUCUCCUGGUCCUCUUGGCUGUGGCAGUGGCCACCCCAGACCGCUACUACCAUGUCCCCAAGGUGGCCAAGGCUCCAUACCCUUCGAAGAGCCAGGCGCCCGUGAAGAGCCAACCAGCUGAACAAGGACCUCCAGGUCCACCAGGAGAGCCAGGCCCUAUGGGGCCCCCAGGAGCCCCUGGUAAGAAUGGUGUUGGAUUUACCGGACCUCAAGGCCCCCCUGGCCCUGCUGGCCCUCCUGGAUACAGCCAACCUGGAAAACCUGGCACCCCCGGUUCCCCUGGCAAACCUGGAGCAACUGGUUACCCUGGUAAAAAAGGCGCCCCUGGAUCCACUGGACCAAUGGGCCCACGAGGAGCACCUGGAGCACCUGGAACACCUGGACCUGCUGGACUCUCAUCUGUCGGCAAACCUGGUCCUUCUGGUAUUCCAGGAUCUAUGGGACCAAGGGGCGAGCCUGGUCUUAAAGGACACCCUGGUGUUCCUGGACUUCCUGGUCCCAAAGGAGAUAGAGGUAUCGGAGUUCCCGGUGUUCAGGGACCCUCUGGCCCAGUUGGACCCAUGGGCCCAGCAGGAAUGCCUGGCAAACCAGGAAUAGGUAAACCCGGUGCCACAGGAUAUCCAGGUGAGCCCGGUAAAGCUGGUACACCUGGAAGGGAUGGAGCCCCAGGCCCGAUGGGUAUUCCAGGACCCAAAGGUCACACCGGAGCUCCAGGCGCAGGAUCACCCGGUAAACCAGGUCAGGAUGGCAGCCCUGGUAUGCCUGGACCAAUGGGCGCUAAAGGUCCACAAGGUCCAGCUGGGCAGCCAGGUUCCCCUGGAAUGCCAGGUGUUGGCAAAACUGGAGAGCCCGGAACUCCUGGCAGCAGAGGAGCCCCUGGUAGCCCCGGAACUACAGGACAGAAAGGAGAGCCCGGCCCAACUGGUUUCACUGGUCAUCCAGGUGCUCCAGGUCCAAUUGGCCCAGCUGGCCCACAAGGUGCAAGAGGAUUCCAGGGUGAAUCAGGCCCACAAGGACCUAAAGGUGACAUUGGAAUGGUUGGAGCCCCCGGUCCCAGAGGAGCAAAGGGUGAACAAGGAGCUCAAGGAUUCACUGGAAAGCCCGGUGUCCCUGGUGCCGUAGGUCCUCCUGGAACCCCAGGUCACAAUGGUGCUCAGGGUCCUAAAGGUGCACAGGGUCAUUCUGGUUCCCCAGGACAGCCAGGAUCUAAUGGUGCUCCUGGACCUAAAGGACACACUGGUUCCCCAGGAUCUCCUGGAAAACCUGGUGAGCCUGGAAGGCAAGGACCUACGGGCCCAGUUGGUCCAUCUGGACCAGCCGGUCCUGCUGGACUUAAAGGGCACCCUGGACUUCCUGGACCUCCUGGUCCUGCUGGUAUGACGGCUAAAGGUGUUUCUGGUCCUCAGGGUCCACCAGGAAUUCCUGGACCCAGAGGUCAAGAUGGUUUUCCAGGACCUGUUGGUCCCCCUGGCCCUCCUGGACCUCCAGGAGAGGUCAUUUACCACCAUGAGAAAGCCAUGCCCAUCAAAUCCCAUGAAGUCGUCAUGCCCCAUGAGAUGAUGAAAGCCCCCAUGUCUGCUUUCAGUGCAGUACUGACCCAUGCCUAUCCUGCAGCUCAGACCCCCAUCCAGUUCAACCAGGUCCUGUACAAUGGGGAGCAGCACUAUGAUGAGCACAGUGGAGUCUUCACCUGCCAGGUGGCUGGCCUGUACUAUUUCAGCUACCACAUGCACGUGAAUGGAGCCAAUGCACUGGUGGCCCUCUACAAGAAUGAAGAGCCCCAGGUGUUCAGCUAUGAUGAGUACAACAAGGGCUUCCUGGACCAGAUGUCAGGCAGCGCUGUGCUCAUGUUGCAGCCUGGAGACCGUGUCUACAUUCAGGUCCCUGAUGAGGAGAGCAAUGGCAUAUUUGCCGCUGAUAAUGUUCACUGUGUUUUCUCUGGCUUCUUGAUUGCGUCUACGUGAUUUCACAAAUUCAUCAACACACCUCAAAUAUUUGAUCAAAUUGAACUGAAGAGAAAGUAAAUCAGUUUACAAACUGAUGAGCCCAGAAACGGUUGUCAUUUUCACAGAUUAUCCUAAAUUUCUCUUAAUGCAACCUUAAAGCCAGGAGAAAGUUUUGAAAUGUAUGAAAAGAGUUCUAUAAUGUACAGAUUAAAUGACCCCUGUCACAGUUUACAUGCUGGUCCUUAGAAGGAAGGAAUAAGACUCAAUGGAGAUUUAAGAUGGUGCUCUACAACUGCCUGUAACAUUUACAGCCUCUGUUCUAUGUGUUUUGUUGUUAUGUUUGUCUGAAAAUUGAACUGUAAUAUACAGAAGAACAUCCUUCACAUUCCAAAGCAUUUGCACAACCACUGUGAGAAAAAUUCAAAAUGCAUUUUACAAUAUGCCCUGUUGAAUGAGUGCCUCUAAAAGACCAAAAGAAACAAUAAAGUUCGAGUUGAAAAAAAAAAA